AAUUGCACAGCUCUGGCAUUUCCUGCCAUUAGCUACUUUCAUGAACAGCUGUAUGGCCGAUUCUGUGAUGCUGAUGUCUAAAACUGGACCGCUAUUUUCAUUGUGGCUGUUAUUACAGCCGCCUGCUUGGCUGUAAAUGGCGAUAUUUACUUGCUAGCAAAUGCACCACUCGAAUGUUGGACUUAGCCUGCUAUGUUAAAUAUUUUGGACCAAGACCUAGGAUAGCGAUACGAAACGGACGCUAACGUUACUUGCAGCAAGUGUGUAGCCCUAGAUGUGUUUUAAACGGGCAAAACCCAACACAUUUUAGUUGUUACAGUUCGGGAUUGGCUAAACAUCGGGCUUAUUUCCAGUCUGUACAGUUAUUGUUAAGAGAUAUAACGCUACUUCUGAUCCGAAGAGGCAAGUAACUUACUUCAACGUCACCCCGGUGAAAGUGUUCAUUGAAAUCAAGCAAAGGCAACGACAACGUGGUACAACGACUUCAGCCAUCACUACCGUUCCUCCUCCGUCAUGGCGAAAUACGAGAAGAAAUGCUUUGGAUAAGUGAGAUCGAAAACGGAGUUUCUGGAUCUACCAUAUAACCUAGCUGCUGCUACCCUGGGAACGAAUACGGACGACAAGAUGAAAGAGGAGAACCUGUACCGCCGGCGGUUCUCGCUCUGUCCGACGACACUGUCGCCGCCAAAGAUAGACCCGCGGACCCUGACGAGGAAUCUGUCAUAUGCAGGGGACAACGACAUCUAUCCCCUCAGCCCAGGUGGGGACUCGGACCGCAAUGGCUUGUCUUCGCCAAGCGACGAUUUCAGUCCUGCCCAGUCUCCCGGCAGCCCAUUGGAUCCCAGGGUGUUCGGAGGGGUGGAGGGGGACACCCCAACGUCUCCAACGGAGAAGCUGGGCAGGAAGGAGUCCCUCAAGGUCCAGAAGAAGAAUUACCGUCAGGAGAAGAAGAGGGCAGCCAAAGAGUUAUUCAGUGCUCUCAAGGACCCCAGUGUGGUCAUCAUGUCCAACUGGGUGAAGAUCCGCGGGUCGCUGAAGAGCUGGACCAAGCUGUGGUGCGCGCUGAAGCCGGGCGUGCUGCUCAUCUACAAGAGCCCCAGCAUGGAGCACUGGGUGGGCACCGUGCUGCUCAGCUCCUGCAAGCUCAUCGAGCGGCCCUCCAAGAAGGACGGCUUCUGCUUCAAGCUCUACCACCCGCUCGACAAGUCCAUCUGGACCAUGAAGGGUCCCAAAGGAGAGAAUGUGGGCUCCAUCACACAGCCUCUGCCCAGCAGCUACCUCAUCUGCAGGGCUGCAUCUGAAUCAGACGGUCGUGUGUGGAUGGACGCUCUGGAGCUGGCCCUCAGCUGCUCCAGCCUGUACAAGCUGACGGCCAAGAGCUGCCGGGACGGAGACCUGAGCUCCUCCUCUGACUCCUCACACAUCCUCCAGCUCCUGCAGUCCCCUGUCCUCACCGAGCAGGCCCUCCAGCAGUUGAAUGACUCCAUGCUUGAGAACCACAUGGAGAAUGAUGGCUACUCAGACAAGUCGGAGAGGGAAGCCCACGAGGACUCGGACAACGCAGCCAAUGAGAAUGGGGGACGCGUGACGGAGGAGAGCGACAUGGACCAAUCGGAUGACCUCUCGCCGUGUCUGCAGGCCACCACCUAUGUGGAGCAGGGACAAGAGGAAAUGGCUGAGGCUGGAGAGGCGUCCCAGGUGGAGACGGUGUCGGAGGAGAACAAGGGCCUGAUCUGGACCCUGCUGAAGCAGCUGCGGCCGGGCAUGGACCUGUCCAAGGUGGUGCUGCCCACCUUCAUCCUGGAGCCACGCUCCUUCCUGGACAAGCUCUCCGAUUACUACUUCCACGCCGACCUGCUCUCCCAGGCCGCUCUGGAGGAGAGCGCCUACGGCAGGAUAAAGCAGGUCGUGCGCUGGUACCUGUCCGGUUUCUACAAGAAGCCCAAGGGUUUAAAGAAGCCCUACAACCCCAUCCUGGGGGAGACAUUCCGCUGCUGUUGGCUCCACCCUGAGACGGACAGCUGCACAUUUUACAUAGCCGAGCAGGUUUCUCACCAUCCACCCAUUUCAGCAUUUUAUGUGUCCAACAAAAAAGAUGGAUUCUGCAUUAGUGGAAGCAUCCUUGCCAAGUCCAAAUUCUACGGUAACUCUUUAUCUGCCAUACUGGAGGGCAAAGCCAGGUUACUGCUGCUGUCCCGCGAUGAGGAGUACGUCAUAACGAUGCCCUAUGCCCACUGCAAAGGCAUCCUGUAUGGCACUAUGACCUUGGAGCUGGGGGGCAAGAUCACCAUCGAUUGUGAAAAAACCAAAUGCUCUGCCGAGCUGGAGUUCAAACUCAAGCCUUUUCUGGGCGGCUCCUGCAGUGUGAAUCAAAUUUCUGGAAAGAUCCGUAUGGGAGAUGAAGUGAUGGCCACAGUGGAGGGCCACUGGGACGGUGAGGUGUUUGUGCAGGAGAAGAGGUCCAGCCAGCAGGAGGUGCUGUGGAGUCCUACCCCAGAGGUGCGCAGCCGCAGGCUCAAGAGACACGUGGUCCAGCAGGACCAGCAGGGACCGUUCGAGUCCGAGAGGCUGUGGCAGCAAGUGACCAGUGCUAUCCAGGAUCGGGACCAGAACCGGGCCACGCAGGAGAAGUUUGUGCUGGAGGAGGCCCAGCGGCAGGAGGCCCGCAACCGAGGGGACGGUGCCUGGAGCCCCCACCUCUUCAGCAUCAACCCAGACACCAGCGAGUGGCAGUACAAGCACAUCGACACUAGACCCUGGGACGUGGACUCGUGCCUUCUGCAGUUUGAGAAGGACGGCGUCAUCCAGACCAAGCAGAGGCAGCAGCAGCGGCGGCGACACAACGGCUACUCCUACAGCCGCAGCUGGGCCAGCCAGCAGAAGGCCCAAGUGAAUGGCAAGCACAGGAAGUCAAGUAGCCAGCCAUCAAGCUGCAGCCAGAACACUGAGAGCAGCGGCUCCACUCCAGAGCCCCCGCAUGAGUCAUCAGACAACGAGGGCUACCCAACUCAGUGCACUCGCUGCAACCAGCAGGGGAAGGACAUAGCCCAGAUCGAGUCCUCCAUAGCCUCCAUCCAGAAGUCACAGCAGGACAUUCAGAGGAACCUGCAGUCCCUGGGCCGGCAGCUGAGCCAGCGGCGGGCGGCGGAGGAGAGCGUGGCCCUGAGCGGACGCCACUGGCUCAUCCUCUGCAUGCUCCUGGUCUUCCAGCUGCUCAUCAACUACGUCUACACCUGAGCCGCCUGCUCUCACGCUCGCUCGCUCGCUCGCUCACUCCCUCUCUCUCACCGCCACCCUCUGGAGGUCAGGGAUCAGGGGUCACAGGUCACGCAGCCCUUCCCCGGUGCCUAGCAACAAACACAGCCAAACCCCCAACCUCCAACCCCACCCUGACCCCCCAUCCUCCAGUCUGCAGAUGGUUCCAAGCUGUUCCAGAACGGCUGCCUCGCCCUCACUGCCACCACGUUCGUCCACUCAAGGUCAUCCACAGAACCCAACCCACCGUCGCCCCUUUCAGUGAAGCUCAUCACUGUGGCAACGAGCACUUCAGAGGAAAGGACUCUGUGUCAAAGCUAAAGAAUGAGCUCCAAGAGCUGAAAGACCUCGACGUCUGAUAAUCAUUUUUAUCCAAGCACACGGAUGUGAGGGGGGACUCUCAUUUCCCUGUGCGCGUGUAUUAAAUUGUACGUUUUUAUUAUUAUUUUAAUAUUAUUUUUUAAAACCCUGUUGUUCUGUGUGUAGAUAGACGUGAGUCUCCCUCUGUCGUCCCCUUCUCCUGUAUUUUGGCCUUAUUGCUGAAACCAAAUGGAAGAAGAUGUACAUUUGUGGAGAUCAGCAAAAGAAGCAAACAAACAGCGGCAUAAAAAAAAAAAAAUCGUGCAAUUCAGUGUCUUUCUGUACAUGCACAGUACACUCACUAAACAAACGACAAAUACCAAAAUAGUGUUUGUUAUUUCUAAAUGAAAAAAAAAGAGUACAUGUUUACAUUGCUUGUUUGUUUUUGAAUAUAAAACACAAAGACGUUUGGUGACUGUGAGCAAGGAGGAGAGAUGUUAGCGCGUCCUCUCAUCUCUCCUCGUGGCUCCUGAGAUGAAACGAUGUUAAUAAAGGAAAAGGUGAAGCAUAGGGCCCAAAGUUGAGACCCCAACCCACAUGUCUUACUCUUAACCUGCUGAUGCACAAGACAACGCUCUGAGCCAUGAUGCUGAGCCGUGUCCCUGGGUGUUGUCGUUCAGACACGUUCCCAUUGGUCUAUGAGCCAUCCAAUCAGAACACACAAAAACAGUUCUGUGGUUGCUCAGCAACAUGGCUCCAUAAGUUGGCCCAUGUGUCGUUGUCGUCACCUGUGGAGAGGUGUAAGACUGAUUCUGCUUUGGAUAAUGCUGAUUAAGAGGGGGGAGUCUCUGAAAGAAGUGUUGUACCUCCGCCACUAAGUGCCAUCAAGCUUUAAAGGAUGUUUUGGGGUUACGAAAAACAGUGGCUACUAAUGAGUGAUUGAAUUCACCAGUAUGUCAGGCCUGUUGUCCAAAAAGAUAAAGCAAAAUAGUCAACAGGUACACAAGUCUGUAAAGUAGAAAGAUAAUCAAAUAUGUAUAUAUUUGUCCAAAUGUCCACCUGGUAUGUUUCACUUGACAAAAAAAAAAUCAAGAAUGUAUUUAUUGAUUUUCCUAAUCACACUGUGUUUAGAGGAUUCAUAUGUAUGUAUGGUUCAAUGCCACCACGCGCUUAUAAUGAGCAAUAUGUUUGAAGGAAGCUGUGAGGACAAAGUGAAACAGGUGGGGGUUGUUCGUCAAGCCUACCUGUCUGAAAGAGCACAGCCUAGAAGAGAUGUUAAGACUGAAUGAUGCCGACUCAAUUGUAUUUUAUGAAUUUUCUUUGUUUUAAUUCUCUUCCAAUUUCUUUCUUUUUUUUUAUCUCCAAGCUGUUCAAAAACACUUGUAACAACAAAUAAUGAGCGGAAUGAAUUCACUGUUUUGUGAUAUGUGUCACAUCCCACAGCACUACAGUAAAAUUUUACAUUUUGAUUCACA